UAACCGUCCGGUCGGUCAGUUGACAAAAGUGAAACGGAUAUAUUUUGCUUACAAAAAUAUUAAUAUUAUUAUGAUUUCCAUAAGUUCCUGAGAAUGUUCUUGUUGAAUUGAGGGUUUGUAGUCUCGCGUGCGGCGGUUUUCCCUUCGCGAAGUGUUUUUGGCAAAGAUUUUCGCUGGCUCUGCAUGUCCAGCAUCCCUGGCCUUUGUUGUUAAGUGACCGCAAACAACAGAACAAAACAUGAUGGAAAUCCAAAAUAAUGAGUCGAGAAGAUUGCUUGAUGCAGAAUAUGGAGAAGAAGAGACAGGCGUAAGGUCGGAACAGGACGAAUAUCUUGACAAGGUGAAGAAUGGAAAGUUGUACCUUGCCACUUUUGCAGCAGUCCUUGGCCCCCUGAGUUUUGGGUUCGUGUGGUACAGCUCCCCUGCCAUCCCUGAACUAAGCACAAUCACUGACCUGAGAUUACAACUAGACAAAGAAGAGGCUUCCUGGUUUGGGUCUAUCGUGACGAUAGGAGCUGCUAUAGGGGGUCUACUCGGCGGUUGGAUGGUGGACAAGAUCGGGAGGAAGCUGAGUCUUAUGUUCUGCUCCAUACCUUAUAUCUUUGGUUUUACUAUCAUCAUUGCUGCUCAGAAUGUCUGGAUGCUGUAUCUUGGAAGGGUCCUUACAGGACUGGCAAGUGGGGUUACAUCUCUAGUGGUCCCACUGUACAUCUCAGAGAUGGCCCAUGAGCGUGUCCGUGGGGCAAUGGGCUCCUGUGUUCAACUCAUGGUGGUCACAGGAAUCAUGGGAGUAUAUAUAGCAGGGCUGUCACUGGACUGGCGCUGGCUAGCGAUCUGCUGCUCCAUCCCUCCCACCCUGAUGAUGGUGUUCAUGUGUUUCAUGCCUGAGACGCCCAGGUUCCUGCUCUCUCAGGGUAAACGGAAGGAAGCUGAGGAGGCACUGCGCUUUCUGAGGGGGCCAGACGCCCCUGCAGAGUGGGAGUGUGCCCGCAUCGAGGAUGCUUCUGACGACCAGGGAGGUAGUUUUGGGAUGGCUGAUCUUAAGAAUCCUGGAGUAUACAAGCCCCUUGGAGUGGGCAUCAUGUUGAUGCUCUUCCAGCAGCUCACCGGUAUCAACGCCAUCAUGUUCUAUGCUGAGACUAUCUUUGAGAAGGCCCAUUUUAAGAACAGCAAUGUUGCUACGGUAGUAGUAGCAGCAACCCAGGUAGUAUUCACUGCAGUAGCAGCAUUGGUCAUGGACCGCGCUGGAAGGAAGCUUCUCCUCAUCCUCUCUGGAGUGUUUAUGUGUCUAAGCACUGCUGCCUUUGGUGUCUACUUCAAGUUGUCCAGUGAAACCCAUGGUAACUCCUCAGGACUCUCUCUAGUAGAGAGUCCCCUUGCCCAGAACCCUGCGGCUGAUCUGUCAUGGCUCGCACUGUCCAGCAUGGGCUUCUUCAUCACAGGGUUCUCUCUUGGUUGGGGUCCCAUCCCCUGGCUGGUGAUGUCAGAGAUCUUUCCCACACGAGUAAAGGGGUUUGCCAGCUCUGUUUGUGUCCUCACCAACUGGGGCUCUGCCUUCGUCAUCACCAAGACCUUCCAGAACCUGAUGGAUCUCCUAACCAGUGCUGGAACCUUCUGGCUGUUCUCUGGGUGUUGUGCGCUCAACAUAGUCUUCACCAUCAUCUUUGUCCCAGAGACCAAAGGCAAGACUCUGGAGCAGAUCCAGGCACGUUUCAAAGGGACUCCAGAACAAUUAAGCUACAAUAGACCAACUUAACAUCAAUGCCAAAUAUAACCUCAGCAAGGACAGUACAGUUUGGAGGGUCUCAUGAUACCUUGUGAUUGAUAGUUCUCUGGAUGGUCCUUUAAGAUGGGAUAAUAUAUCGCUUUCUCUUACUUGAAAAAGUAAGAGUCCUGGAGUCUGGGCUUUUGGCCUGUUGGGCAUCCUGAAUGAAUGCAUGCUGGACCUCUUAAGCGAGCUUUUAAUGGUACUUUUACUAUUUAUUUUCACUGGAGUAAUUAAAUUCACACAUUCAAGAAAAUAUUUAUGAACCUGAGAUAUUUGUAAAUUUUACUUAUUGAUAAUAAUAAGAACGAUUACACAAACAUAAUGAAACACACUUUUUGUAUGUAUAAUUUUUUCCAGUACACACACGGUUACUGCAUUAUUCAAAUGUGAGAACACAAAUGUUUUGGCCCAUAAUGAUAAUUGAAUAGUUCCAAAAAUAAUAUUUUCUUGUUGUCUGAUUUAAUGUUCUGUUUAUACCAUGUGGGUAUACUAUGGGUUACUGAUGCACUUGUAAUACAGGUAAAGCUGUUAAAAACUAAUGCACUGAGCACAUCUACACAACACUGACACUUUCUAUACAGGUGAACCUUUGAACAUAAAGAACCAGGAGAAGCAGGAACUGUGGUAUGUUUUUAAAUAUCGUUUCUGUACAUUUGUAAGUGUGCACUAAUGUCCUCUUGGAAUUAAAAUUGUUCAUAUCUUUUCAAAUAA